CCCACCUGGCCGGGCCGGGCCGGGCCGGGCCACGGCAGACUUUGCCUCCAGCCCCUAUAAAAGGUAACGGCGGCGUGAGUCAGAGCCGCCGCCUCCUCCCCGCCCGCUCUCACGUACGCGCGGCCGGGCAGCAGCCGCCGCCGCCGCCGCCGCCGGCCGUCCCGCACCCGCACCCGCCCCGCACCCGCGCACUUGCCGGAGAUGAGCCGCGCCGCGCUGCGGGUCUCUCUGCUGCUCCUGGCCGCCCUGGGCCGCGCCGGCGCCGGCAGCGAGCACGAUCAGGAGCACGGCGGAGAGGAUCCCCCGCACUCCCGGGAGAGAGGUCCUGGCCAUAGUCACUGGAGCUAUGAAGACCGGGAGCGCUGGGGUGUGGACUACCCGGACUGUGUGAGGACCAUGCAGUCGCCCAUCAACAUCGACACAGCCAAGACCAUCUUCAGCCCCCAGCUGCGGCCGAUCCAGCUCUCUGGCUACAGCCUGCCUGCCAAUGAGAGGCUCAAGCUGAGGAACAACGGGCACACAGUUCUCCUUGAGCUGCCCAAGUCGCUGGCCAUCACUGGCGGCUAUGCCCAGCAGUACCGAGCCGUGCAGCUGCACCUGCACUGGGGUUCCCCAUCGGGGCCCGGCUCCGAGCACACCGUCAACGGGCACCGCUUUGCUGCGGAGAUCCACGUGGUCCACUACAACACCAAGUAUGACAGCUUUAAGGAGGCAAUGGUCCACCCAGAUGGCCUGGCUGUACUAGGAGCCUUCCUGGAGGUUGGGCCAAGGGAGAACCCAUACUAUCAGGAAAUACUUGAGCAUCUGUACAAGAUCCAAAGAGAAGGUGAGGAAGUCCUGGUGCCCGGAUUCAACAUUGCAGGUCUGCUGCCUGCCAACCUGAAACUCUACUUUCACUACAACGGCUCUCUGACCACCCCACCCUGCUACCAGACGGUGAAGUGGACAGUCUUCAACCAGACCAUGUUGCUCUCUCACGAUCAGAUGUCAAUGCUGGUGAUGAGCCUGAGAAAUGACGACAGCAAACCUCUGGAGAACAAUUACCGACCUGUGCAGGACAUGCACGGGCGACGGGUGCUGGCGAGUUUCCCGACCACCCUCUCUUCAGCGAAGCAGCUGCCUACUGGUGGUGACAGCUCAGCAUCAACAGAAGGACACUCCAGCUCUUCAUUUCACGCAGGGGAUGUGCUGGCUGUGCUCUUUGGGGUGCUCUUUGCCAUCACAGCACUGGCCUUCCUGCUGUACAUCUACAAGCACCGCAGCCAGAACACACGGCUGGACUCACCGACCAAAUCCAAGGUCAUCUACACGGCAGCCACCACCGAGAACACUGCGUGAGCCCCACAUCUCUGCAGUGUUCAGCCUGCCACCCACCUCCCC